GCUCUGCGCACCUUGCGUAUCCAAGUCUCUCUCCUCUUUAUCUCUGUUUCCCCAUUAGUUAAAGCUACGUUGACUGAGAUAAUAACUUCUCUCUCUCUUUGUCAAAAAGCUACAAAUUUCAACCAUUUUGUGUUGCCGGAAUCGCACCUUCGACCUUUGCCGACGUUAUUUCCGGUGAUAUAUCCGACCUGCUGCUCUUCUAUAAUUUUAUUGAAUCUAUGCUGUUCAACUGUCCAUUUCCUUGUACCUAUCUUUUUAAACUUAGGGUUUUGAAAGGGAACAAGAAGAAAUCGUAAAUUAGGAUCCUCGUGGUCGUUUAUCUUUGCUUGUAAAUUUGUAUUUGUUGUUUAUGCAGUUCGGUGUAGUUGUUUAGAUGAUAGAUUGAGAUCUAUAUGUCGACGCUGUUGUUGUAACCGCCGUGGUUUUAUCAGCUAAAAUCUAGGGUUUUCGAAAGAGCGGUUUGGUACUUUGGAAGUAUUUGAAGAUAUCUGGGCCGUUUUGAUGUUAUCUAUGUUUUCUUCAGAUUUAGCGGUUCACACUUGACAAUUUAUGUUUUUUUCCCUAACAAAGUGAAGAAUGAUGAUGUCUGAUUAGUAAUUGCUGAAGGUGAGAGGGUUGUUUUAUGGUCCUCUUUUUGAUUUAUCUAUUGCCGUGGUAGUGAUUUUUGAUUAAAUAUGAAGAGAUUGAAGUCGAGUGAUGAUCUUAACUCUUAUGGAGGAGAAAAGGGUGUUUUUAAGGAUUGGGGAAGAAAGGACGAUGAUUCAAAUUUGCACCAGUCUUCAUCUCACAGAAGUUUUCAUUACAAGUCUGAAAGUGGGAAACGGGGUUUAUCCUCUUCUUCUUCUUCACGUUAUGAAAGGGUAGAUGAUGAUCUUAAGAAUCCAAAGCUGACACGGAAAAGGUCAGAUUAUGAUAUUGACAGUUACGAGAGGAGAAAGAGCUAUGACAGGUAUAGGGAUAGUAAUGAGAGGGGAAUCUUGAGUUCAUCUCCUCGUGGUGGAUAUGGUGGUGAUCGGGUACACAGAUCUGAAAGUUUUUCAGGGCCAAGGAGAGAUUUCCCUAAAGGGUUUAGAUCAGAAAGAGAUCGGUCAAGGCGAGAGGGAAGUGUUUCUUCAUGGAGGCGGUUUGGUGGAGGGAAAGAUGUGGAGGAAAGCACAAAGAGCGGCAGUGAUUCUGCUAGAGGAAGUAAAGCAGCUUCAGAAGAAGUUGGUAAUGCAAGGUCCCCUCAGGGAGGGAGAGAUGCAAAGUCACCACCAUGGUCAAAGGACUCUGGAAGUGAACAGUCAAAGUCUUCAAAGAGUCUUGAAGUGAAGAAGAGUGAAAGUCUUCCAGAAGAAAGUGGAAACAAUAGUGAAAGAGAAGAAGGAGAGCUUGAACCUGAUCCUGAACCUGCUCCUAUUGUCCAGAACAUCACUGAAGAUCCACCUUCUGGGCCAUUAAAACAUGAAAAUCCCAUUGAUGACAAAUGUGUGGAAGAACCCAAGCGUGAUCGAACAUGCAUUGUUACUGAUAUCGAAGUACCAGUACCUGUAACGAACAAAGUUAAUGAAUCAUCAACUUCUGAAGAUUCUUCAACCCAGAGAACAGGUGAAAAUGAAGUUGAAGCUUUGUUUUUGUCAGAUAGCCAAAAGAAGGAUGCAGCAGAACAAAGCCAAGCUUAUAAUGAUCACAAAGAGGAAGCUAAAGAUGUUAAACCUGAGGAAACAAAACCUAAACAGGUAAAUGAUACAAUUCUUGAAGUCAAGGGGGAGAAUAUGAGCAUGGAUACAAAUACACAAGGACAGGUAACAGAAAAUGAAGAACAAAAUGUUUCAUCUGGAUUUGUUAAUCAUUCUUUUGUGACAAAAGAACUGACCCAUAAUUUCAAAGAUAAGGGAAAAAGUGUUCUUGUUUCAGACUCCGAUGUUAAUCAAAAUGGAUCAAGUGGUUUAUUGAAUGACAAGGAGAUUGACAUAGAAGGACCAAGUACACGUGGUUUUGAUUUGUUCUUUACAGAUCCAGUUAAAAAGAGUGAAAGUAUCGAGCAAAAAGGAUUGAGCAAACCAAAAGAUGAGAAACUCUUAUUAGAACCACUUGAACUUUCUCUUCGAUUACCAAGUGUUCUUUUACCCAUUGGUUCUCAAAACCCGAUUCAGGGUCCAGAUUCUCCAAGUCAAGAAAUGAGCAUUCAAUCACAUGCAAGUUCUUUUCAAACAAGUUCUGAUGGAUUCACGUUAUCAAGAUCUUUUUCUGGUUCUCAACACUACACCCACAACCCUAGCUGUUCUUUAACUGAAACUUCAUUCGACUUUGAACAAUCUGUUGGAAGUCGUCCAUUGUUUCAAGGUGUGACAUGGCAAGUUCAGCCUCCAGAUGACACCCCCAAGAACCAAGAACCUCCUCCCAUUCAAAUGAGCCUCUCAAAUGGAAAUGGUAUCUUUCAUCACUCUCAACCUCUUCCAAAUGCUCAAUCCUUACAAUUACACACCACUAAAGUUUCAGAAGGAAGUUAUAAAUUACCAAUUGGACUUGAAAGACAGCUAAGUAGCAACAACAAGAAACAGCCAUCGGGAUCACAAAGUGUUGGGUCCCACGAAACUGGUUCAGAGCAUCAUAAAGAUAGGAAACGAUUAAUGAGAGAAGCUAUUGGUUCUUUAAGUCAAACCACUGAAAUGGUGGAGCCUCUUCUCGCAAUGGUGGUUUCAGAUCCAGUUCACAUCGUGUCAAGAAUCUUAAGUGAAAUGACAACAUCGUCCCUCACAAGUCUAAAAGAAUCCGUGCGUGAUGUCAUUUUAAAUCCAAGCAAACGAAGACAAUUUUCCACCUUCCGCAAAUCCCUCGAAAAAAGGUCGGAUAUAACCCUAGAGAUUCUCUCAAAAGCCCACACUACUCAAAUCGAGAUACUCGUAGCUUUAAAAACCGGUAUCCAAGAUUUUCUCCAAUCCAACAUUGACACGUCAUCGUCUGACCUGGCGGAAAUCUUUCUCAACAUAAGAUGCAGAAACCUGACAUGUCGAAGCUACAUCCCCGUUGACGAAUGCGACUGCAAGAUUUGUGUUCAGAAAAAGGGGUUUUGUAGUGCGUGUAUGUGUCUAGUUUGUUCAAAAUUCGACAUGGCAUCAAACACAUGUAGUUGGGUAGGAUGUGAUGUGUGUCUGCAUUGGUGUCACACAGACUGUGGGAUACGCGAAUCCUACAUCAGAAACGGGCGGAGUGCGAAUCGGGCCCCGGGUCAAAGUCAAACCGAGAUGCAGUUUCAUUGUGUUGCGUGUGAUCACCCCUCUGAGAUGUUUGGGUUCGUGAGAGAAGUGUUUCAGAAUUUUGCUAAAGGCUGGACAGCUGAGACACUGUCGAAUGAGCUUGAAUAUGUUAGAAGAAUCUUUUCUGCCAGCGAGGAUAUUCGUGGGAAAAGACUUCAUGAAAUCUCUCUCCAGAUGCUGACUAGGCUGUCUGACAAGGCAAAUGUUCAUCAAGUUCGGUCCUUUGUCAUGGGUUUUCUUACCGAUGAUGAUAGUUUGAAGUCAGAGAACAUUCAAAUUCCACAGGAAGUGUUGAAACCUGGAUAUGGUGAGAGAGAAAGAGAAAGGGAAAGGGCGAUGGUUCAUUUGAAACCAGUAGCUGUGGGCCCACGUGAACCGGUUUUUGAUGAGCUGGAUGGGAUUGUGCGGAUUAAGUUAGCAGAGGCUCAGAUGUUUCAAAUGCGUGCAGAUGAUGCAAGAAGAGAAGCAGAAGGUCUGAAUAGGAUUGCACAGGCUAAAAGUAAGAAGAUUGAUGAGGAGUUUGCUAGUAGAGUUGCAAAGUUGCAUUUCUCAGAGGCUGAGGAAAUCAGAAGACAAAAGUUUGAGGAGUUACAAGCUUUGGAAAAUGCACAUCAGGAGUAUUUUAAUAUGAAGCUAAGAAUGGAAAGAGAGAUUAAGGAUUUGCUUUUGAAAAUGGAAGCUACAAAAAGAAACUUCACCUCAUCCUCAUGACCAUGUCACCCAGGUAGGUUUAUUAGUUAAUUAAAGUAUUAUUAUUACUAUUACUACUACCUUUUGCUUUUGCGUUGCAAGUUUAGUGGGGGUUGGUUGGUGAUUAAUUUGUAGGUUUACUACUUUGAAUUAUAUUAUGUUCUUUUUUUCUUUUUAAGACAGACUAGACUGUACAGAGAUUGGUCUUUUAUGUUAGAUACAUGCGUUUUCAUCUUCUGAAAUGGAAUAUUAAAAGUA